AUGUCGUUGUCUACUUUACUGCACCUUAUCUGGCACUUUACGGAGAGCAACGUUCCGACGUUUGUACUCCCCAACUCGGCCUUUGGUCUACUCGCAGCCCUCGCGGCGCCUCUGCUCACCAAUUGUUCCGAGCGUCCCUCCUCCCAAAUCCUCCUUGUCCGCACACUCCGAGUGAUCCUCUUCAACUGGGCUAAUGUUUUCGUAUUCGAUCUGGCUAACCAGCGCCUUCCCGAGUCGAGAUUGGAGGACCGGCUGAACAAACCAUGGCGACCCCUUCCGACCGGACGCAUCAGCCCGGAGACGACCCGUCGGUGGAUGCUGGUCACUAUCCCCUUCGUUUUAUGUGUCAGCACCAUCCUCGGAGUGGCGACGGAAAGCGCCUUUAUCAUAAUCCUGACCUGGCUCUACAACGAUCUGCAUGGUGGCGACGAAAUCAUCCGAGACGGGAUCAUCGCAUGUGGAUACGCUCUCUAUCUGACCGGCUCAAUGCGUAUUGCCUGUGGCCUGGACUGCCAUAUUUCGGAACAUGGAUAUCGCUGGAUUGCGAUGAUGAGCGGGAUCAUCGUGACAACAAUGCAGGUGCAAGACUUGAAAGACCAGAUAGGGGACCGGACUCGAGGACGCAAGACCCUUCCGCUCGUGUUAGGGGAUACGGUCUCACGUUGGACUAUUGCCGGUUUCACCUUGUUCUGGAGCAUUUUGUGUUCCUACUUCUGGAGGAUGUCCCUGUGGGGAUAUGCAUUGCCAAUGCUGACAGGCUUUGGGGUCGCGUUGGACGUGGUAAGCGGGUCUCACGAUGCGAGAGCUUGGCGAUGCUGGUGUGCGUGGCAGGUGGUGAUUUAUGCGCUGCCCUGGUUGGUUUCGACACAGAAUUAA